AUGGUGGAACAGAGCCAGCUCCUGGCCUCCAUGGCCAAAGUAAUGACAGCUAGCUAUAGCCAAAAUCCGGCAGCCACCAUUCUGUCACCAGCCCAGGCAGGGGCGGCAUCGGUCGCACCCGACAAGGCGAAAAGAAGCAAGGACAAAAAGAAGAGGAAGGACGACAGCUCAAGUUCAAGUUCGUCAUCAAGCAGUGACGACAAGGCACCGAAGUGGUUGUGGUGCUUGGUGGACUGCAUCGAGGCUCAACAGCCUACAGACCCAUCUGGUUUCCUCAAACAAGUCUUCCACGGUUUUGACACGCAGGGAAAGCUGGCAUUAGCUUUGCUGGUGGAGGUUCCGCCGAACGUGAAGGGUGCUAUGAAAGUCCUCAAGCCUAUGGUUCACCGUGCAAGGUCGGCAUGGUAG